GCGCUCUUUUCGUAGGACCCGACCUGGUUGUAUGCCAGUCCACUUUUGCUCUCCUCCCCCUUUUGCGCUCCAGAAGAGCCAACACAACACAACACGAAGCGAGGACGGAAAGGAAGGAAGGUGUUUUGUUUGCUGCUGGUUGUGUGUGCGUGUGUGCGUGUGUGUGUUUCAUCGGAGUGCAUCGGUCGGUCGGACAAGCGAGCAAGGAAGGGCGCAGCGAUCGCGCAGGGAAGCACGCAAGGGCGGGAGGAAGUUGACGUGGAAGGUGGAAGGAGGGCACGGUACCGGCUCAUCAUCUGCGCAGCGUGAAAGAUGGGCACCCGCCGCACAACGUGGUGGCAGCGCCUGCUCCGAAACGAGUCGUCCACAGAGGACGGUGAUAUCAGCGGCCGUGGUGAUGACAACAACAGCGGCAGCCCCGCCUCAAGCAGCGGCAACACCAGCGGCUGGCACCGGUUGAAACGGGCCAUGUCCCGCGGCUCGGAUCCGCGCACGCCAGCCUCCACAGACGGCCGCCAGCCAUCGAUCCCGGAGGAAGGCGAGGAGGAUGAACCAGAGAAGCAGGUCGGCAACAACGCCUGGCUCUUUGCCGCCGAGAAGGAGGCACCAUGCUGUCUCAGCUGCGGCAAGCGCUUCUCCGUCAUGGUGACCCGAUACAACUGCCGCGCUUGCCUUAUGGCGGUGUGCACAGACUGCAGCUCACAGCGCCUCAAGCUGUUCCCCAACGUGCGCGUGUGUCCCCGCUGCUACGAAGUCAACUCGAACCGGUCCAAGUUUGAGAUGGUGCCGCGGCCUGCGCCGUUUGUGCUGAAGCAGGGUCGCCUGACGAAGAUGGGCCAGAUGGUGCACACGUGGCGCGCACGCACGUGGAUCCUCGACAGCAACGGCCUCCUCUCUUACUUUGGCUCCGAUCUGAAGCGCCCAAAGGGCACGGUGAACACGUGUCGGCUCGUGCGGUGGAUUGACGGCGUGGCCCCGGAACUGGACGCCGUGUCCUGGCCGCAGAACACAGACAGGGAGAAGGCCUUUGCUCUCGAGUUUGAGCGAAAAACAGUGCAUAUCAUCGCCGAUUCUCGCGAAGAUGUGCACGCUUGGCGGCGGCUCAUCUCCAUGUUCGCUCGCCAGUGUCUGCAUUGCGGGGAGUCGCUCUUCUCUUCAUCACCGCCAAACGAUGACGACGAUGAUGAAGGCGGUCGUGGUCGGCGCGAUGGUGAUGGUGAUGAUGAUGGUGAUGACGAGAGUAUUGGUGUGGAGGACAACGAUGAUGAUGAGGAGGAUGUGGCGCCCAUCAACGACGACGACGACGAUGAUGAUGACUAUGAUGAUGGUGUUGAUGAUGGUGGUGAUGAUGGUGAUGGUGGGGAGGAGGAAGGCACGAGGGAGGACGCGGAGGUUGCUGACGGCGACGCAACAACGACGCAGGCACCACCAGCCAGCGAUGAAACGCAACAACAACAACAAGAACAACAACAACAGCAGCAACAGCAACAGCAAAUAGGCGAGGGUGACGCUGAAUCAGAUACCGUGCAGACGAAAACAGAUGUUGCUGAUGCCAAUGGUGAUGAUGCCGCCAACACUGCUGCUGAUGAUGGCGAUGACGACCUGUCUGGGUCUCGUUCGUCGUGCACGUCGAGCACGCCCCGCGAUCGCAGCAACACCAUCCGCCUCUUCCGCGACGUCAACGGCAGUGACAUUGUCUUCAUGCUGGGCACCGGAACCGCCUUCCACCUCAAGUGUCUGCGCUGCACCGUAUGCAAGCAGCGGCUUGACCCAACCCUCGACCCAACCAAGGCCUUCAACGAGGGCGCGCGCGCCGCGUUCAACGCAGAGGGAUACGUGCACUGUCGACAGCACGCGGAGAUGCAGGCGCGCGCAGAAGCGGCGGCGGAGGCCAAGACCAACACCCUUAAGGGCAUCAAGCUGGACGUGACCAUUCUGCCGGCGGCGGUGCACGUGUGCAACCAGCACCAAUAUGAGGAGCUGCGCGACGCCGAGAUCCGCCACCAGGCCGCGCUGGCCGCCGAGCAGAAGCUUGCACGCGAGGAGAAGUUGGCCACCAAGGCCGCAGCCAAGGCCGCGCAGCAGCAGGACGACCACCACCAGCCAGAGCCACACCCGCAUGCGCCUGUGACGCCGCAGAUUGUGAUGUGCACGAUGCUCGGCAUCAUGGAAUCACUCACCGCCGUUCAGGACAUGAUCGCCACAGAGACCUUUGCCCAGGCUGGCGAAAAGUUCCGGCGGAAGACGACGCUGCCCAACGGCGCCGCCUACGAGAUGAUCGACCACGCCCCCAAGCAGUUUGAACGCCUCAGGAACGCCCUCGGUAUCAGCAUUGAGGAGUACAAGCGGAGCUUCGAGUCCAUCCCGGAUGUGCGCAAGCAGAUCAGCGGCGGGCGCAGCGGGUGCAUGGUGCUGCCGACGAAGGACAAGCGGUUCAUCAUCAAGAUGAUCCCGAGGGUCGAGCGCGACAACCUCCUCGUCAUCCUCGACGAGUACAUCCAGCACCUGCAGGAUUUCCCCAACAGUCUGCUCGUCAAGUUCACGGGCCUCUACGACCUCCGCAUCAAGGGCUCAAAGAACUUCCAAAGCCUGGUGAUUAUGCAGAAUGUGCUGCACACGGACGUGGAUGUGCAGGAAAUUUACGACCUCAAAGGCUCCUAUGUUGGGCGGAACGCUAUUACGAUGAAGCACAAGGGCGAUGUGCACAACUACUCUGGCGUUCGCAAGGACAUGGACCUUCGCAGGAACCUUGUUGUUGGCGGGCGCGCCAAGAUGUACAUCGACUUUCAGCUGUCGCAGGACACGUCGUUCCUCAACAAGUUCAACCUCAUGGACUACAGGUGCGGUGGUGGUGGUGGUGGUGGUGGUGGUGGUGGUGGUGGUGGUGGUGGUGGUGGUGGUGGUGGUGGUUGUGUUGCCUGA